GUUAAUGGUAUGAAACGUCUCAUGUCAAUCAGUCAGUCGCGGUUUGGGAGACGACCGUGCUUUGGUCUAGUGAUAGAUCAGUCCUCGAAUGUUUUCUUCCCUUUUGAAAGACUUUUUUUCCUGGAAAGAAUUCUCUCCUCAUUUUACCUACCCCCAUAACUCUUCUGUCGGCCGGUUUGUGUAUCGGUAUGAAGCCUCUUUCUCUCGGUUUUUCCUUCAGUGUCUGGUGUUUUUGCUUGAUUGUUUUUAAAUGGGUGUACUUUGCAGUGUGUUCGGGGCUCCAAAAGAAAAAUUAUGCUGAACUGUGUUGCUGUUUUUGCUCCUUCUGCGGCUUGUAUCUUCUCUUCGUUCUGCAUUUGCUUUGGCUUCAUUCAUAUCCACUUUACAUUCCCCUUGUUGCUUACGUUGCUUACGUUCCUCAUGCUGUCAUGCUGUUUCAUUUCCUGGGAUUAAAAUAAAAGAGAAAGAGAACCGGCAAGACAAAUUUUAUUCUUAUACCUUUUAUUUCAAACAAUAUCAAUUGGACAAUCUAGCAAGA